AUGGCGACCAAGUUAGCCGCCGCACGUUAUGGCAAGGAAAAUGUCAAAGUGUGCAAAGUUCACCGUGAUGCCAAAUCUGGUACACACGAAGUCACAGAACUGACGGUCGCCGUGUCGCUCGAAGGCGAUAUCGAAAGCUCAUAUACCAAAGCAGACAAUAGCGUGGUUGUUGCGACUGACUCUAUGAAAAAUACCAUCUACCUCCUGGCCAAACAACAUUCUGUCACUCCUCCCGAGCUGUUUGCAUCCAUCGUUGGGACCCAUUUCAUAGAAACUUACAACCACAUCCAUGCCGCCCAUGUCCGUGUCGUCGUUCAUCGAUGGACUCGAAUGAACGCUGACGGAAAGCCACACCCGCAUGCGUUCUUGCGCGAUGGCACAGAUGUGCGAGUCGCGGAGGCCUACGUCGUUGAUGGCAAGGGCGUCAAGAUAAAAUCCUCAAUAUCUGGUCUGCUGGUUUUGAAAAGUACGGGAUCACAGUUCCACGGCUUCAUUCGUGAUGAGUAUACAACGCUUCCGGAAACAUGGGAUAGGAUUUUAAGCACGGAAAUCGACGCAAGUUGGAUCUGGGCCCCGUUUGUGAACCUCAACCAUGUCAGGUCCGCGGGUCACAAGUUCGAUCAAGCAUUUACUGCGGCGCGCGAGAUAAGUCUAAACAUAUUUGCGCAAGACGACAGUGCGAGUGUGCAGAACACGAUGUAUAAAAUGGCCAGUGAGAUCUUGAGUAGCGAACCGCUAUUGCAAUCUGUGUCAUACUCCCUUCCAAACAAGCAUUAUCUUGAACUAGGCAAGUCCACGAUCGCAGAACACGGUUCUCAUGAUGAUGCUGUUUGUACUAAUAACUCACCAGAUCUUAGUUGGCACAAGGGUCUAAAGAACACAGGGGCCAAUGCGGAAGUUUAUAUACCUAGUCCCGCUCCAAAUGGUUUGAUCCAAUGCACCAUUUCACGGGAAAAUAACACGAGAGCGACGAAUUCGAAGCUAUAA